AUGGGCCGCCUGCACAGCAAGGGAAAGGGUAUCGCUUCCUCGGCGAUCCCAUACUCGCGCAAUCCUCCGUCAUGGUUGAAAACCACGCCAGAACAGGUCGUUGACCAGAUAUGCAAGCUGGCAAAGAAGGGUGCUACCCCCUCUCAGAUUGGUGUUAUCCUGCGAGAUAGCCACGGAAUCGCCCAGGUCAAGGUUGUCACUGGUAACAAGAUCCUCCGGAUCCUCAAAGCGAACGGCCUCGCUCCCGAAAUCCCAGAGGACCUCUACAUGCUGAUCAAGAAGGCUGUGGCUGUCCGCAAGCAUCUCGAGCGCAACCGCAAGGACAAGGACAGCAAGUUCCGCCUCAUUCUCAUCGAGUCCCGUAUCCACCGUCUGUCCCGCUACUACAAGUCCGUUGGUGUCCUCCCACCUACCUGGAGAUACGAGAGCGCCACUGCCAGCACCCUUGUCGCAUAA